ACGCGUGUUUGCGGGAUCCUCCAUGAAUUUUUCCCAGCGCAGCCGGAGCCUGAUAGGACGCCCGGAGUCACGUGAUGGGAAGCGAAGCCUUUGCAGCUGAAAGCGAGCUAGGAUAGUCGGGAAUCGCACAUCCAGGACGGAGCCCGCUAUGGGGGACAUGAAGACCCCAGACUUCGACGACCUGCUGGCAGCCUUUGACAUCCCGGACAUCGACGCCAAAGAGGCCAUCCAGUCCGCCCCGGAUGAGGCUGAGGGGCCGCACGUGGCGGGAGGAGCAUCCCUGGGGAAGCCUGACGCCGUGGGGGGCGUGGGGUCGUCCCUGAGACCCCCCAGCCCCCCCGACCCCCAGGCGGACCCCUCCAUCGUGAGUGUGAUUGUGAAGAACAAAGUCCGCCACGAGGCGGCGGAGGGGGCCGGAGGGGAGGCAGAGCAGGACCCCAUUGACGUCAUCACGGGGGCCGUGGACGUGGGGCCCAGACUGGGGGCGUGCGGGAUGGCGGAGUCCGAGUCUGUCAACCACAACGGGUUUGGAUCAUCUGGAGCCCCCCACCCGCUCAGCCAGACCCAGUCCAACGGGGCUCCGUGGUCGCUCAGCAUCCCCAAAGCGUCUCCGGAAGCCGCCGCCGCCAAAGCCGGCAAACAGGGAGGAAACAUCUUCAACAGACUGAAGCCGCUGGUGGCGCAGGGCUCGGGGGACCCGGUGGGCCGCGCCAGGAAGAUGCAGCUGCUGCAGCAGCAGCACCAGCAGCAGCAGGACACGGGGCAGGAGAGGGCAGACGGGGUCAAGGCCUCCCUACCCUCCUCCUCCUCCCUGCCCGCCGGUGCGGCUCCUUUGGCUGCGGGGGGGCCCGUUCGGCCGGCCUCGCCCUUCUUCCCGCCCUCCAAGCCCCUGCUGUCGGCCUCGCCGUCGGUACCGUCCUCACACCCGCUGCACUCCUCCCAGCCGUUCAACGGCGCCUCGAAAGGAGGCCCCGCCGUGUUCCAGCAGGGGGAGGAGGAGGACUCGGACCCCGACCUCGGGAGUCCGCUGGUGAUCCAGGAGAAUCCGGACUCUCCCACCAGCGCGCAGAUGACCAGACGGUACAAGUCCAAUUCCGUCUCCACGCAGCCCACCUCCUCCUCUUCCUGCCAGCCCAAACCCGGAGACACUCCCUCCGGCUCCUCCCUGACCUCCUCCAGCCCCCAGUCCGGCUCCACCGAGAGCUCCCAGGUGGAGGACAGACAUCCGGAGCACGUCAUCGAGGAGCGGGACUCUCCAGAGAGUCCUGAACCAGAGGUUCCUAAAGCUGCAGCUCCGCCCUCUAAACGAUGCUCCAGCCCCGCCGUGGCCUCCACGCCGCCUCCCUCUGAAAUGAGGGAGCCCAAAGAGGAGGAGGAGGAGAUGGAGGUGGGAAACGGGACGGACAGGCUCCUGGAGGGUAAAGCAGAUAAAGGAGAACAUGUGAGCGCCAGCGAUGAUGUCAUGGAGGUGAGUGACGGGAGGUCAACGGCCGAUGGAGGAGACGCAGGUGUUGCUCCCGCUCCUCCUGGAGCGCCAUCCCGACCCCUCAAAGUCCGGAUCAAGACCAUCAAAACCUCCUCUGGGGGCAUCACCAGAACGGUUACCAGGGUCGCCCCGAAGGGAAAAGGCGUGGACGCCAAAGCACAAGGCGGCGAGCGCAAGUUCCUAGGAAACCAGAAACCAGAAGCAACCACCACCCAGAAGGUCAGCGCCCUCAACGCACUCCCCGCCUCCACUCUGGCGGCCAGCAGCGUCAUGCUGGCCGCCGCCACCAAGGUCCAGAACAAGAUGGCGUCCUCCGAAAAGACCAAGAUUUCUCCUACUGCCGUGAGCAUCACCAAGACCGCCGCUCUGCCCGCCACGCCCGCCGUGUCCUCCUCGCCCAAGUUCUCGGUGGCUGCUGGUGGGAUCAACGUCCGCACCGGCGCCAACAAGACGGCAAACGGGGGGAGUGGCACCAUCAUAGGGGCCUCGCUGCAGCCCAACAAGCCGGCGUCCAUCGUCAACAGCACGGGGGCGGUCAUCUCCCGGAGCCAGUCCAGCCUGGUGGAGGCCUUCAACAAGAUCCUCAACAGCAAGAACCUCCUGCCCAGCUACAAGCCCGACCUGUCGGCCCCGCCCCCGCCCGAGUGGGGGCUGCCGCUGCCCGCCGCGGGCUACCGCUGCCUGGAGUGCGGAGACUCCUUCGCCCUGGAGCGCAGCCUGGCGCGGCACUACGACCGGCGCUCGCUGCGCAUCGAGGUGACCUGCAACCACUGCGCCAAGAGGCUGGCCUUCUUCAACAAGUGCAGCCUGCUGCUGCACGCCAGGGAGCACAAGGAGCGCGGCCUGGUCAUGCAGUGCUCGCACCUGGUCAUGAGGCCCGUCACCGUGGAGCAGAUGAUCGGGCAGCAGGACAUCACGCCCAUCGCUGUCUCUUCUCCUUCUGUCACACCAGGGGGCGCCACCACCACCUCCAGCCCCGUGAAGGACGGCUCCUCCCCGGCGGCUCCGGCUCCGCGGCAGGUCCGCCGCGCCCCCCAGGGCCCGCAGGCGCUCAUGCCUCUGCCCUGCAAGAAGGCGGAGACGCUUCAGUACAACAACUUCAAAUGUCCAGAGUGUCAGGCGCAGUUCUCCGGGAAGGCGGAGCUAGUGACGCACUUCCAGCUGAUCCGAGGAGCGCCGAACUCGACGUGUACGCAGUGCUCCCCUCCCAUGAUGCUCCCUAACUCCUGUGCCGUGUCGGCCCACCAGCGGGUCCACAAACACAAAGCUCCUCACGUGUGUCCCGAGUGUGGCGGGAUCGCACGGCAAGCUAGCUUCCAGACUCACCUGGAGGAGGCGUGUCUGCAUUUUGCCCGGCGCAUCGGCUACAGGUGUUCGAGCUGCCAGGUGGUUUUCGGAGGUCUGAACUCCAUCAAGUCUCACAUCCAGACAGCACACUGCGAGGUUUUCCACAAGUGCCCCAGCUGCCCCAUGGCCUUCAAGUCCUCCCCCAGCGCCCAGAGCCACAUCAGCUCCCAGCACCCGGCGCUGACCGGCGGACAGGCCAAGAUGAUCUACAAGUGUGUGAUGUGCGAUACAGUUUUUACCCAGAAGCCCCUGCUUUACAUGCACUUUGACACUCAUUUAGCCAAGCAGAAAGUGCAUGUGUUUAAGUGCCCCGACUGCACCAAGCUGUACGCCCAGAAGGGCUCCAUGAUGGAGCACAUCAAGUCUGCUCACAGAGGCCCCUCAGCCAAAGCCGAGCCUCAGCCCGACCCCUCCAACCCCGUCUCUGCCCCGUCCGCCCCCUCCGGCCCCAAAGCCAAGCCCCCCGCCAAACCGGACACGUCCGAUGGCGAGGACUGGGGGCGGGAGCAAGAGGAGGAGGAGGAGGAGGAGGAGGAGGAAGACGACGAUGAUGACGACUACGAGGCUCCGGGGGGGCACCCUGCGGCCGGAGCAGACGGCGGGCACGCCAGCGCCCUGACGGAGUGGACGUGUCCUCAGUGCCAGAGCACCUUCACCGACAACGACGACUACCUGAGUCACGUCAAGAUGGAGCACGGGAAGUUCCCCUGUAGGAUCUGUGGCGGCACCUUCAGCACGUCUUCCAGCCUGCGGCGCCACGAGCGCGUCAUUCACGAGGGCAACAAGCGAGUCUUCCAUUGCCAAUUUUGCACAGAGGGUAAACGGACCUUCGGCAGCCGCUUCCUGCUGGACAAACACGUCCGCCUGCACCACAAAGCCGCAGACGGCCCCCCCCUCACCAGGAAGCGUGCAGCCACAGGGGGGGAGGGGCCGGGCAGCUCGUCGGAGCAGGACGGCGAGGUCGGCCCGCCCCCUUCCCACCCAGCAGUGGAGGAAGAAAACGCCCCAGAAGAAGGAGCCGGUCCCGCCAAAAGGACCCGAGCUUCCACGCUGUCCACGUCGUCGGCGCCCGGCGAGCUGGAGGAGGAGGACAGCGUCUUCCGCUGCAUCCCCUGCGGUUUCUCCACGGAGGACGGGGCGGAGUUCCAGCGGCACAUCCCGCAGCACCGCGGCGACACCGCCUCCUUCCAGUGCCUGCAGUGCGGCGUCUGCUUCGCCUCGGCCGGCUCGCUCGGCCGCCACCGCUUCAUCACCCACCGGGUGAGGGACGCCCCGGGCGAGGCGGAGCGCGGCGGCCCCCAGGGCUCCCCGCUGGGCUCCCCCGCCGCCUCCCCUCAGGAGGGGGAGGACGGCGACGGCAACCUGAGCUGCAAGGUGUGCGGCCGGCGCUUCGACAAGGCCUCCGACCUCAACACCCACUUCAGGACCCACGGCAUGGCCUUCCUCACCGCACACAAGACGGACAAGCCCUGAGGGGGUGGGGGGAACACAGCUGCAGUUUUUUAAGAUUUUAGCCCCUCCCACUGUCACACCUUUGUGUGCAGACUGCAUGUUUGAUCCUCGGCUCACCUGCGGUCACCUUUACCGUGUGACUCCUCCCCCCUUCACUGCACUGACUGUAGCCUGCUCCCAAGCCCCUCCCACUGGACUGAUGCUCUCAUGGUCGUGCUGCUGCUUACCUGGACUCCGCCCACCGCUCUGUGACAUCAGACUCCCUGAUGGCGGGAGUCCACGCCCACUUUAGCUUAUUUAUUCCUGCAGAACAGACUUGUGGAGACGAUGAAGGCCUUUCCGGUGACGAUGUUUGGGAGGUUCGUAGCGUGUCGUGAGAAUCAUGUGAUGUGAAUCGUGAAGCUAGAGGGGGGGGGUGAGUAGUUUGUGUUUUGCGUGUAAAUACACAGAAACCACAGCUGGGGGCGGCGUUCUCGUUUUAGUAACUCGCUAUCAUGUCAAACGUAGAGUAUUCGUAUCGUUCUCCCCUCAAUCUGAAAUGAAAAGAAAACAGCCCCCCCCCCGUCCCCCGAAUAAGCUUCAUUGUAAUUACAAAGCAGAGCGGCGGUGGGGGCGGGGCAUCCUGCGGUCUCUCCUCCAGGAUCUGCACUUCCUUCCUUCCUUCCUGUCGUGGCGUUUCCGUGCUGCAGCUCCGGCGGCUGCAGGAUGGGGGCGCCACUGCUUCUGUUUGUAUCUUUUCUAUGUCAUAUUUAUAUAGCUGAAUAGUGGACGUUCAUGUCAUUUUCUUUUCCAUGGUUGUGAUCCGCUUGCUGAAAUGCCAUCACUUUUGUGCUGUUUGGAAAUAAAUGUGUAAAAGUGAA